UUUAUAUACACAAUACAUCUGACUUUUCUGAGACUUUUUUUUUCUAAUACGAUUUUCUCUUGUUUCCUUUCAGCGGCCAAGAAACGUACAAUUGCAUAUGGUUGCAGAGGCGAGCACUCAAUGUUAUGGAAUUUCAGCUAGGUGUGGAACCCAGCAACUAUUACUCCGAAAAUCUUUGCCACGACAAACAGUUUCCUGGAGAGGUCUGGAUAACGGAAGGAAGAGUAAAGGCACCUCAAAUAUCACCGUGUCCAAUUAUGGGCGAUUAUACAGGAGAAGUGCCCGGGACCCACGGUUUGUGCGCAAAAGUUUCUUCAGAUUGCAAUAACCCAGAUAUAAUGUUUUACACUGUAAGCAACUGUGAAGAACGUGGUCAUGUAUACGAAGAAAGAGAAUAUAGAUGUCUGGGUAGCUGGGAAGAAGACGGUGUGCUCUUCACUUACACUCAAAGAAGAGACAUGGAAGGCUUCCAAUGUUUUUCUGGAAAAGUUAUGCGAAAUGGUGAGGAGGCUCUGAUCAAAGAAGCAGGCGAUAGCUGCAUCAGGGGUGAAGAUCCGCUCAUCUACGGCAUGAAAAUUCAGAAACAAUCAUCCUGUCCUCAACUGUCAACGGCAAAUUUUGUGCCCAUUAGACCAACAUGGAAACCGAUGACAUAUGCACCACCAGUACGGCCCACAAGGGGACCUUUAGUUCCCAUGCGACCUACGCCACCUAGAGAUCCUUACUGGUACCACACUGCAACGGAGCAACCUACCACGAAACCGUGGAAACCAAUAACUGGUCGACCUCGACCAGAUCUAGGAAGUGGAAGUAAUAGACCGCUUCAUAAUCAUCUGUUAUCAGUGUUAACUAUAGCUAUGACAUUACUUUUUCUUCUGCGGCACCGAUGAUUUGCUUUAUUUUCAAGCGAUUAGCACAAAAAAGCCUGGAGAAGCUUGAUUUUAGCUGGACUAAAUUCAAGCUGCGUUUUACUCCUCUGCUGAAAUGUCUCCUCUGAAGACAUGCAGUUUUAUGACUUCGAGCUGAAAAUUAACUUUUUCAAAUUCAUGCUUGUCCUCUUGAGGAAAAGCGAAGAAUAUCAGGGAUUUUACUUUUUAUUGUCAUGUAUUUUCUCAAUACGUAGUGUGUGAAUAUGUGUAGUCUACCAAUGAGUACAUUAAGUCAGCAACAACUCAAUGUAGCGUGUUUCUGUUUUUCGAAACACGCCUGUGCUGUCCCAUUGCGUCAAAACUCUGCUGAAGAUAACAUUUUUCAUUAUGAAAAAUCGCAGUUGAAGAACUAUGAUAAUGAGCUAAGGUAGUGAACAUUGUAACAGGAUUAUGUGUUGUAUGCAGUCUUAAAAGUGCAGAGUAAAAUUCUAAACUCUUAUCAAGAAGAUGCUGUCAGAGUCGUAGCUAGGGUUUUCAGCCGCCCAGGGACAACUGAAGAUUUCGCGUCCCCUACUGCUUGCCAAGGAUGGAAAACAUUUAAUUCUAAAAAUGUCGUAACAUCAGUUUGGCGCCCCUUGGAUUCUGCGCCCGGAGACAGAUCCCCCUUGCCCCCCCUCUAGCUACGCCCCUGGAUGCUGUACAAUCAAAUGCAAAGUAGCGUUGACUUAUUAUUCUAAGACAGUUACGGAAAAUGUUACAGAUGAAGCAUAUGUUAAUGUUUUAAUUAAUUAACAAUGUGAACAGCAAUUAAGAGCAGAAAACAAAUAAAAUUUAAUUACUUUUAAAAAUUCAAAAUAAAGGAAGCAGAUCACUGAGUUUUUUUUUCAUAUAUUCCAUUAUACUAAAUUUUUUUAAAAUUUUGUUUAAGAGAAACAAGAAGUUAUAGUGAAAAAUAUGUUCAAUUCGAUACGUUUCCUGAAUGUAGAGAGAUAAUCACAAAAAUGUUUUGAAUAUAUUCUAUUGUUAUAAUAUCCACAAGUUUACGGAAGGAUUUAUGAAUACAAAUAUCGAUCGACAAUUUAAAAAAAAUCGAUUUUUUCAGGAUUUUAUAAAAAAUUCAAUGAUCUGCCUUCUUGUGUGUUUCAAUGAAAAAUUAAAGCUAGUAGCGAGUUAAAUAUUUGCAUGUCUUUGAUGCUCGUCAUAAUGAUGAUAUGACUAAUUUUAUAAAACUUUUUUUCUACAUGCAUAAUGGCAUGCAACUUAUAAAUAAAAAAGUAACAAAAUGACUAAAAUAUUUACUUAAGGUGUUUACUUAAUGUUUCAAACACUUUGUAUAACAGAAAAAUAAUUGCUAUUCGAUGCAAUUGAAAACUAAAGCUCAAAUUGACAGAAAAUGAAAAUAGUUUCAUCUUUUAAUUUGUUAUUAAUUAUGUUAAAAAUUUAAAAACAUUUUAAAACAGGAAAAUGUAGAAAAUUUGAAACAUUGUCAUUUAAAAAAAUUUUGCUCUAAUUCUGUCUGUUAUAUUUGAUAGCCAUAGAUAAAAAAUUAAUUUUUGUAUGGGAAAAAAAGAAACAUUUUUUUGGAAAUAAUAUCCAUACUUGCAUUCUAUAUUUGGAAUUGAGUAAUAAAUUAGAAAUAUUUUGAAACAGAAAUAUG